AAAUGCGGUGAGAACGAUCCGAUCAGUGUAUGUUGUUGUUGCUGGACAGAGUGGAAAGCGAGCGUUAACAGUGGAAGUGCAAGAAGCGGCAGUAUCGUCUAACGUUAAUUUAGAUUAUGGCGAAUUUAAAUUUUCAACAACCCCCGAGAAGUAUAGCGAACGCGGCGUUAGCUGGCCGGACAACUGGAGGAUUCGGUGGUAGCUCCCUGGCUGGCCAUGUGACGCCCACGUCGGGCAUGUUCCAAACCGACUUUGCCAACUCCUAUCCAGGAGCGGCGAACUACGGACAGGCGCCACAGCAGCAACAACAGCAGCAGCAGCCCCAACUGUCGCCGAACCGGAAUGCCCAGCUCUCGGUCGGCGGACCCGCCAUCUCGAGCGGCAAUCGGAAUGCCAACCUCUUCGGCCAGCGGCAGUUUGUGGAACGGCGUGCCAUGCAGGGAUUGGGCAGUGGCCCCAUGUCGAACAUGGGCAACUUCAUGCAGACGGGUCGCGGCGGCUACGGAACGGGCGGAGGCGGUGGCGGUCCUUUGAACAACUUCCACGUGUUCGGCGGCGGCGGCGGGAGUGAUGCCUCCACGCCAGCCCUGCUCGAUCCCACGGAGUUCCCCUCGCUGACGAAUGCGCGCGGCCAGAACGACCAGACACUGCCCCAAUCGAAUCCGCUCCAGCCGCCGGGCAGCAAACCCUAUGGUAAUUUCUUUACCUCUUUUGGCAUGGUGAAGCAACCGACGUCAGAGCAAUCGGAGUUCACGAUGUCAAACGAGGACUUCCCUGCGUUACCGGGUACCCAGAACUCGGACGGCACAACGAACGCGGUGGGGAGUGGCGGCGGAGCAGGAGGCUCCGGCGGUGCCUCCACAGAGAACCACUUGGACGGCACGGAAAAGCCGAUGAACUCGAUAGUGGUCAGCGGAUCAGGGAGCUGUAGUAGCGGCACCAACGUCGGCGUUGUAGGCGGCAAUGGUCUCGGAGCUGUGGGUAGUGGCCUAGGGGGCGUGGUAGUAGGCGGAGGAGCCGGUAGUUCAGGAGGCGGAGGAGUCGGCGGCAAUGCAGCCAGCGGAGUUGUCGGCGGGUCGCACGUGGGACUGGUGGGCAGCAACAGCGGCAUUGGCGGCGUCAACAGUGUACCCAACAGCAAUGCCAUGAUGGGCGUGGGCGGCGGUCUGGGCAGUGGAAGCGGCAACUCCGGGAGCGGAGCGGGCAGCGAGCAUCUGAACGAUAAUUCCAGCAACGAUAAACUUGUGAAGAGCGGCGUGCAAACUUCGCCAGAUGGCAAGGUCACAAACAUACCAGCGACCAUGGUGAACAACCAGUUCGGCAUGGUUGGCCUGCUAACGUUCAUUCGGGCUGCAGAAACGGAUCCCAACUUGGUGACUCUCUCCUUGGGCACGGAUCUCACGGGCUUGGGCCUGAAUCUGAAUUCGCAGGAGAGCUUGCAUACAACAUUCGCUGGCCCGUUCGUCGCACAGCCCUGCAGAGCACAAGACGUUGAGUUCAACGUGCCACCCGAAUAUCUGAUUAACUUCGCGAUAAGAGACAAACUUACUGCGCCGGUACUGAAAAAGCUGCAAGAAGACCUGCUCUUUUUCCUUUUCUACACGAACAUCGGCGAUAUGAUGCAAUUAAUGGCAGCUGCUGAGUUGCAUAGUCGCGAGUGGCGGUAUCAUGUGGAGGAGAAAAUAUGGAUAACUCGAAUUCCUGGCAUUGAUCAAUAUGAAAAAAAUGGUACAAAAGAGCGCGGCACCUUCUACUACUUUGAUGCGCAAAGUUGGAAACGUUUGUCCAAGGUUUUCCAAAUAGAUGCCGAGAAAUUAGAUAAAUGUCCCAAUAUAAGUGCGUUUAUGAAUGGACAGUCUGUAUAAAAUUAAUAAAAAUGAAAAAAAUUGAAAAAGAACA